UUCACUCUGAUCAUUUGUUGCUGCUCAGCUAUAAACCCUGUCCUUUUUUUUUUCAUUCUUUUUCCCCACUCAUCUUGUUCGGGUUUGAAAUAUAGUUUUCGGCAUCCUCCGACGGUCUGAGAGAGAACGAAAUAGAAAUGCAGUGGUGACAAACGCGGAAAAGCAAAAUGCAUUAUUUUUUUGCAUGAACACACUUUCAUAUCAGGGUGGUCUCCGGCUUAUGGACCACUGGCACACUGCGUUCUGGCACCGCGGAGUGCAACAGCAUGCACGCGCUUGGCUGACCGCAUCUAAACCGUUACCCGAGACCGACUGUUGAACUUGUUGCUGCACAGCACACAAGACUAUUUGGGAUACUUAUUUCUGCAUUUUUUUUUUCACUUCCAGGAAAAAAGCAGAGUCAAUCAAGGAGUACAGUUCAUGUCGAGUGCACGCGCGAUUUUCUCUUUUGUGCACGAGCGUAUUGGAGGUAAGACCCCAUCGUGUCGCCAAACACAGCAGAUAAAGUGCAAAUGCAAAUUUGGUGCACUGCUUACUGAAAAGUAAAAGGAUUUCGCUUUACGCACACGCACACACACACAAGCACACGCGCGCGCGCUCGCGCACCUCUCAGGCUUUUUUGCGCGUUUUGGACCGGACGGCUUGUAUUUUGCGUCUUAUCCACGGAUGUCCGUUUACUCAGUCGUGGAUCUUUAAGCAGGAAAACGGAGCAUCGAGUCAGCCUUUAACUAGAGCGUGUGAAGUCAGCAUGGCGGCUGGAGUUGCAGCCUGGUUACCGUUCGCGCGUGCUGCGGCUAUAGGAUGGAUGCCGGUCGCGAGCGCGCCAAUGCCCGCUCCGCCGCGGGACAAGAGGCGCGCGCAGGACGGUCUCAUCAUCCUGAACGUGAGCGGCUCGAAGUUUCAGACGUGGCGCAACACGCUGGAGCGCUACCCGGACACGCUCCUGGGCAGCACAGAGCGCGACUUCUUUUACCACGAGGAGACCAACGAAUACUUCUUCGACCGCGACCCGGACAUCUUCCGCCACAUUUUAAAUUUCUACCGCACCGGGAAGCUGCACUACCCGCGCCACGAGUGCAUCUCUGCGUACGACGAGGAGCUCGCGUUCUUCGGGAUCAUCCCCGAGAUCAUCGGAGAUUGCUGCUAUGAAGAGUAUAAAGACCGGCGGAGGGAGAACGCCGAGCGGAUCCAAGACGACCAGGACACGGAGAACAGCGCGGACCUUCCGCCUCCCGACAUGACGUUCCGCGAGUCUAUGUGGCGCGCGUUUGAGAACCCGCACACCAGCACCAUGGCUUUGGUGUUCUACUACGUGACGGGCUUCUUCAUUGCGGUGUCGGUCAUGGCCAACGUGGUGGAGACGGUGCCGUGCGGCUCGAUGGCCAACCGCGCCAAGGAGUUGUCCUGCGGCGAGCGUUACGCGCUCGCCUUCUUCUGCCUGGACACGGCCUGCGUUAUGAUCUUCACUGUCGAGUACCUGUUGCGCCUGAUCGCCGCACCGAGCAGGUACAAAUUCGUCAAAAGCGUGAUGAGCAUAAUCGACGUGGUGGCCAUUAUGCCUUACUACAUCGGCCUGGUCAUGACGGACAACGAGGACGUGAGCGGCGCCUUCGUGACCCUCAGGGUCUUCCGAGUGUUUCGGAUUUUCAAGUUCUCGCGCCAUUCGGCCGGCCUGCGCAUUUUGGGCUACACGCUGAAAAGCUGCGCCUCCGAGCUGGGAUUCCUCCUGUUCUCCCUCACCAUGGCCAUCAUUAUCUUCGCCACAGUCAUGUUCUACGCGGAAAAAGGCUCCACCGCGAGCAAGUUUACCAGCAUCCCAGCGGCCUUCUGGUACACCAUCGUCACCAUGACCACUCUAGGGUACGGAGACAUGGUCCCGAAGACAAUAAUAGGCAAGAUUUUUGGCUCCAUCUGCUCGCUCAGUGGUGUGUUAGUGAUCGCUCUGCCCGUGCCUGUCAUUGUGUCGAACUUUAGUCGAAUCUACCAUCAGAGUCAGCGUGCAGAGAAACGCCGUGCACAAAAGAAAACCAGGCUUGCUAGAAUUCGUGCCACGAAGACCUGGGGUGCUAACGCUUAUUUGCAGUACAAACAUAACGGGCUGCCGGUCAACGCCGAGGAGGAGGCAUCAAAGGAGGCAGGGAAGGCGCUGGUUUGCAAGACUAAUCCAACAUUUGAGACUCAGCAUCACCACCUCCUACACUGCCUGGAAAAGACUACAAAUCAUGAGUUUGUGGAUGAGAAUGCAUAUGAGACGAGUUGCAUGGAGGUGUCUAUGGUGAAGCCGUCCACUUCACGUUCGUCCUCCCUUUCCUCGUCUCCUCACGGCCUGACCUGUUGCUCUCGCCGCAACAAGCGCAAGAGCUUCAACAUGCCCAACUCCAACAUGGUUGCCGGCCGCAGGGGCAGCGUGCAGGAGCUCAGCACCAUCCAGAUCAGAGAGAGGCCGAUGAGCAACAGCCGCUCGUGUCUGAACGCUAAGUUUGAGGAGACGGUGCAAUGGAACUCGGAGCAGAAGCCCUACAUCACAACAGCGGUUAUCAGCAUGUCGACUCCGUCUGUCAACUCGCCAGAGAGCGGAGACUCGGCCAGAGAGCCUGACUUCUUGCAAAGCAACAUUGUCCGCGUAUCAGCUCUAUAGACCUAAGUUAAAAGCAACUUCCCUCUUUCAUUCAGCGAAUGGACGCUGGAGAAGCAGGGAAAUGAGAAAGAGAGAACACCCUCUGGUGUAUAGGAGGAGGUACUGCAAAGGCCAGGAUCAGAAACCUUUAUUUCAGCCCUUCUUCUUUGCGCUUGGACAUAAAAGCCACCUUGGCCUGUAAUGCUGAGCACCAGGGCUUACCAGUAUUUUACCCACAGAGAGGGACCAUGAAUACUGCAUAAUUUCCAUGCUUGUUACAAAUUUUUGAAGUAUUGUGUGUCUUUACAUUUGUUGUCUUAAACUCGUAGUGGACAGAAAAAGGUGAAGUGGAGAAAAUAAUAGGGGUGCAUAUUUGGGUCUUUUUUUCCGGGUGUUCAUUCGGUUUCGGGGAGUCUUUAUGGGGUCCUAGUUUUACUCUAAGCUGUUUACUGUGCUUUUAGAGAGCUCUACUAAAACAGAGCUCCUUUUGAUAUUUCACAAAAAAAUUCAAGGUUUUUAAAAUCGUGUGAAUGUGCGUGUGGGUGCAUUUAUGGCGAACCUUUUUUGCAUGCUCUGCAUUUGUGAGUCUGUGUCCUUUCAAGUUUGGCAUGAGCAAUAAGGGUUUUUUAUUACAUCCCUAAUGUAUGUAGAUUUUUUUUCUUAAAACUUCACUUCCUCUUAUAGCAGAAUGAAAGUGACUUUUUUUCCCCAUUGUACAUUUUAGUUGCCUCUCUUGAGACCUGGCCUAAAAAGGGUUAUAUAGAUCACUGACCAUAUUUUAAAAAAGAAGCUAGAAAAAGAAUGAAAGGAACCGCAUAUUGUAUUGCUCAUACAAUAUGAGAACCACUGGACAGUUAUAUGUUUCUGAAGCCACACGUGACAUUCCCUCAUCCCUUUUUGUAUUUAAAUAUAUCAUUUUAUUCUUACCGUCGAGUUCUGAAUGUACUGUGGAAGAACUUUUUUUCUUUCAGUGUCCCAAGACUGUGCAUGAUGUCUUAAAAUAUAUGGGAUAUGGACCAAAAGGCCAGCAUACCCCAAUGUGGUUUGGUUUUUUUCUUUUUAUUGGAAAAUUUGUCUUUAUGUUCCUCUCCGUGUACGUCUAAAUGAAUGUCCGAGCAGCAAAUUCCACGCCCAUCUAUACAAGACUUUGCCAUAACACAAAGCCCUGAAUAAAAGAUAUGUGGUGGCAAAAUCGUGCCCGAUAUUAGGAUGACGUCCUUUUGUCAUGGGCUUCUCACAGAGUGCUGUAAUCAUACCACUCCCACAUGCUGUUGAAUAUCAAAGGGAAUGUACGAAUAAAGGCUGGCUCUGAGUCACAGAGAUGUAUUAGUCAUUAUCUCCGCACACCAUAUCGGUCUUUAUUUAGCACAGGAUUUGCAUAUAAUAUGAAAAAAAAAGGAUUUAUUUUAUUCUUGCACUUUCUCACUUUUCACUUUUUUGUCAUAAAAAUAGCUUAAACCCUACAAACACACACAUCAGCACUCUUUUCAAUUAUAGCUUGACCAUGUGACUUAUGCAACAAGGUUCUUCUUUUGUAAAGAUACACUUUGUAUUAAAGGGGGUAUUGACGGGGUUGCUGGGGUGGGGGGUGAGGUCUAGAUUCACAAAAAGACAUAUUUUUUAAAAAUCAGAUAGUGUUGAUUAUAAAUUAUAAAUGUUAUUUCAGUUGUACAAAAGAGAAUUUAAAAGAGAAAAAAAAGAACUAUGAGAGAUUUGCUAGUGCACCUGUGUUGUAAAUUUGUUCUUUGGUGUGGUAAAUAUAUAUUUAUCUGAGUUCCUUGUUUUAUUGUCACCUUCCCAGAAGGCCCAUGUCCUUGAGUUGCAGGAUGACGGACUCUAUUGCUGUAUCUUUUUUUUUUACUCCCCUUUUCAGUUUGGAAGACAAACACGGUGCUUGUGAUCAAGGAACAUGUGAUUGUGGAGAUAGCCAUGGUGUUCAUUUCAAACUCGGGGGAAUUUUUUUUUGUAAUACAGAGGAGACAUUUCUGUCCUGUUUGUGAUAUAACAUGAAUCAACACAAAUUUUCUGAUGAAGAUGAUGGCUUUCAUUUAUAUUUGUUCCAGCUUGUGUUAUAGACAAUAUAAUAUAUUGAAAAGCUAUAUAAAAAAAAUACAAUGCAAUUGUUUAGUCCGGUGCAGUGUCUAUGAAUAAAUAGAAAUAAAUCAUUGUUCCAUUAA